CUAGGAACAUUUGUAGCAUGUACAACAAUGAUUUAGCGACCUUUUUGCGGCUUUUCAAGGUGGAUCUGGUGAUUUAGAAUAUUUCUAUUUGGCAACUGCCCACCACCAUCAUCACCACCACAAUCAGCUACCAGACGUCCAUUUCCUCACCAGACACGAGACCUGUGAACACGGUGACCGCCCCACUUGCCUCACCUAGUCCACCAGCUCCACCUGCUCAGUGAGAGGUCUUGUAUAAUUUCAUGGUAUGAUGGACGCAGCUGAGGUGGGCCUCCGCUGUGGCCAGGCAGUUCCGCCUUGCCGUCAACCCUCCAUGUGAUGAGUGAGUUGCCGGUUGAGCUGGAGUGUCCUGGUAUUGGGGGCUCCUCUGGUAUUGUAGACAACCAUCUGUCUAACCUUUUCGUGAAGAGGUCCGGUGUGACCCCUGGCAGGUUCCUGAUGGUGUACAGCACAGCGUUGAAGAGCACAGUCAGGAGCCAUGGCACGCUGGAUGAUGGUGGCGGUGUUGGCGACUGCUGUGACGAGCGAGAGAUGUGACCCCUGUUGCGGGUGACCAACGCCCCCCACAACAGCUUGGUCAUGGACGCCCACACCCUGCACUUCACUCAUCCUAAAGGCGAGGCUCACGUGAGAUGGGGCCUCACCCUGCCGGAGGGUGCGGAGGGAUCGCCGUGUGGGGAAGGAGACUCCUGCCUAGAUUUCGGCGUAGCCAAGGUGGUGGUGACAACGGAGGACCAUUGCCAGAAGGUGGCCUGGACCUCAGCCAGGAACGGGGGUCUGGGUGAAUUGCGGGACUGUGUGCUGCUUGAGGGACACUGGUACGGUGGCGGCCAGCAGGCGACACAACCUUGGCCUCUGGAGAAACACCCACGCAAGGAAACUGCCUUCGUGACUUCCGACAUGCUGCAAGACCGCGUCCACCUGUAUGGCGGCGUGUCCGAGGCGUACUGGGUGUCCUCGCAGGGUGUGGCGGUGCGGGUGGAGGAGCAGACGCCUCUGUUCCUGGAAGUUCCCGACACAGACGGCGACUUUACGGCAGAUGAGUUGUGCCUGUCUGCCCGCCACGAGAGCCCCUUCGCCGCCGCUCCAGGCGGUCCCCUCAUCCUCACCUACUUCCUCUGCUCUGCUGACGACGUCAGGAAGGUGCACGAGGCCACUUUCCCGAAGUUCUUUUCGCUACCCCAUGGCGUCCCCGACUCCUGCACACUGGAGCAUCCUAUCUGGUCUACCUGGGCUGAGUACUCCACAGAAAUCAACGACUCCAGAGUGCUCGACUUCGUACGUGGCAUCUCCGAACACGGCUUCGACAACAGCCAGGUGGAAAUUGACGAUGAUUGGGAAACGUGUUACGGCGAGGCUGUGUUCAACCCAGACCACUUCCCAAACCCGCGCUCCUUGGUCAACCAGCUACACAGUGAAGGGUUCCGUGUGACGCUGUGGGUGCAUCCAUUCAUCAACAACAACUGUCCAGCUUUCACCUUUGCAGACCAACAGGGUUACCUGGUCAAGGAUGCCUCAGGCACCACUCAGCUAACUCAUUGGUGGAAUGGGAAGGAGGCUGGCCUUGUUGACUUCACCAAUACUGAGGCUGCUGCAUGGUGGACACAGCGCCUGCGAGACCUGCAGCAGCAGACUGGCGUGGACAGCUUCAAGUUUGAUGCUGGCGAGAGCUCUUGGCUACCAGAAGACUACACACUGCAAGCUGAUGAGCGCUUCUGGCCCAAUAUUUUUUCCAUCAAAUACAUGGAGACAGUGUCACAGUUCGGAAGCAUGAUAGAGGCAAGAGUUGGUCACAAGACACAGCAACUCCCAGUGUUUAUCAGGAUGCUGGAUAAAGACUCCACUUGGAACUAUGACAAUGGCCUCAAGACUCUUGUGCCUUCCCUCCUGCACUUUGGGCUGCUAGGAUACCCAUUUGUGCUGCCAGACAUGAUUGGGGGCAAUGCCUACGGUGGACGGCCCAGCAAGGAGCUGUUUGUGAGAUGGGCACAGGCCAACACUUUCAUGCCAGGCCUCCAGUUCUCUAUCCUGCCUUGGGGUUAUGAUGAGGAGGUGACAGAGCUGUGCCGAGAAGUGACACGCCUACACUCUGAGUACACCCCACUGCUGCUCAGCCUGGCACAGGAGGCCACUGUCUCUGUGGGCCCCAUGAUGCGCCCCACCUGGUGGCUGUGUCCCACCCUGGAGGAGUGCCUCACUGCAGACCAGCAGUUUCUGUUUGGAGAUGACCUGUUGGUGGCACCAGUUGUCAAGUACAUCAAUGCACACACGCUGGAUGUAGUAUUGCCUCCUGGGGAGUGGCAGCAGGCAGGCACAGGGAUAGUGACCAACGGACCAACUACCAUCACUGUGACCAACAUCACCCUGGACACCCUCGUCUACUUCACCAGGGUGAUGGCCUGAUGUUGCUGUUGGCCUGUGAUCAACAUGGGUGACUCUGGGACCAAUCAGCAAUCCAUGAACCAAUCAAGUAAAUUAUCUAUAGUUACAUACAAAAAAGGUGAUCUACCAACUUGAUCUCACUAACAAAAUAUUUAUUUUGUAAGCAUUUGAUCUAUCCAUUGGUACCUAGAUAAAUCAAUACAAGGUGAAAUCUGA